AUGUCAAGCUAUACGGAUUACUUAAGGGAGCUCUACUAUACUCCCGGUAAACCAGGCGCAUUUGCUGGGCCCGAAAAAUUGUACCAAGCUGUUAAAUUAGAGGGUAAAUAUAAGAUUGGAAGACAAAAGAUUAAACAGUUUUUAAACAACGAGGAUGCCUAUGGCCUGUAUAAACCUAUUCGAAAGACAUUUCCUCGCUCAAAAGUCGUUGUGAACACAAUCGACUCUAUGUGGGAUGGUGAUUUGGCAGAUGUCAGUAACAUAGCUUCUCAUAACGAUGGAUACAAGUUUUUACUGGUAUUAAUAGACAUAUUCAGUCGAUUUUUAUUUAUCGUACCCUUGAAAAAUAAGCAGAAUCAAACCAUCAUUGAGGGUUUGAAAUCAGUUUUUCAAAAAGGGAGGAAACCGCACACACUGAGAACAGAUAAGGGUAGCGAAUUCAAAAACCGCUGGGUAAAGACUUUCCUACAGAAACAAGGGAUUACUGUUAUAUACACUCAAAACGAAACUAAAGCAAAUUAUGCGGAGAGAGUAAUUCGUACCAUGAAAAACCUUAUGUAUCGUUAUUUUAUGAAAGAAAGAACUUACCGUUAUGUGAAUGUGUUACAAGAUCUGGUGAACAGUUAUAACAAAAGACCACACAGGUCCUUAGGUAGCAAUGCACCAGCUCAUGUGAAUGAGGAUAACGCUAACGAAAUCAGACUAGAUGCUUUUCUAGCCGGACAGAAAAAGAAAAAACCGGACAAGAAAAUAAAUGAAAAGGACGACUUUAAGAAAUCAAACAAGCUAUUGAAAAAAAGAACUAAACCCGUUUUUAAGUUUAAAAUUGGAGACAACGUGAGAAUAUCACAACUCAAACAUGCAUUUCAAAGAGAUUACCAGCAAAAAUGGACAGGGGAAUUUUUUAAAGUGAGUGCAAGGUAUAAAAGAGGCGGAAUUCCUGUUUACCAAGUAACAGACUUAGAUGAUGACCAAAUAGAGGGUACCUUCUACGAAUCGGAGCUCCAGAAAGUCAUAAAGACAGGAGACGUGCUUUACAGAAUUGAAAAAGUUUUGAAAAGGCGACGUCGGGGAAACAUGAAAGAGGCCUUUGUUAAAUGGGAAGGAUGGCCACGUAAAUUUAAUUCGUGGAUUCCAGAAAGUUCUUUGGAAAACGCCUAA